AUGUAUAUGAAAAAUAUGAAACGAAUUUUGGCUUAUUCUUUAUUUUUUUUAUACAUUUUACGCAAUAAUGUGCUAUCCAAGAAAAAUAGAGAAUACAACUUACUAGGAAAUGCACAUAAAAGCGACAAUAUAGUUAAUCGCCUUCAAGUUAUAACAGAAGGGAAAUAUAGAGAUGUUUUGUCUGAAGUUAAUAAGCCUUUAUUAUCUAUAAUAGAAAAUAACGAAUCAGUGUCGCUUGAUAUUUUGUUAUCUACGAUAAAAUUAUUGGAUGACAAAAAUAAAGAAACUGAUGAUUUAUCCAAAAAAAAAGAAAUUGAACAAACAAUUAUAUACAUUAAAAAUGCCAUAAAAAAUCAUUUAGGAAAUGUUGAAAAUAAUGAAGAAAAUGAUGGAAAUGAUAAAAAUGAUAUAACAAAGACAAAAUCAAAUAAGAGCAAUUUAAUGUUAAAAUUAGAUAAUUAUUAUAUGAAAAGGGAUCUUGAAAAUUUAAAAAAAAAAAGUAACGAUAUUGCAUUGAGAAAAAAUAAUUUAGGAAAAAAAUUUAAAAAAUUUAGUACCUCUAGUGAAUCAUUAUUAUUUGGUGCCCCUGGCGAUCUUAAUUUAUCCGAUGACAGUGUAAAAGAAUUAAAUAAUAUGGUAUCUAUUAAAAUUUUAAGACAAAGAAAUUAUAAAGAUAACAUGUCAUUUACUAUGGAAUCGCCCCCUGAAACGUUUAACAAAUUAGUAGAUUUAUAUACACCUUUACUUGAUUUCAAUUUAGAUUCUUUAGAAAAAUACAAAAAUAAUGAGAUAAAAUACUAUACAGAUUCUAAAAGUGAAAUUUUUUAUUUAUUACGUGAUAAUAUGGAUCUAGGAAAAUUUUUUUUGAAACUUCCUAUUAGUAAAAUGCCAAAUGCUAAACCUAAUGAUAAUAUAAGUGAAAGUAGUGAUGCUGAUAAUAAAAUUUAUACAUAUGUGAAUAAUAAUUUGGAAAAGGACAAGAAUGCAAAAGAAUAUUCCUUAGGUGCAUACAAUACAAACCCAGUUUAUACAUAUUCAAGAAAAAAAAAAAAAAUUCCUAUAAAUAAAAAAAAUGAAAAUAGUGAGUCAGCAUCUCGAGUUAGCCAUUUAUUUCAGAAAAAAAUGGAUCGUACCUAUUUGAACAAACCCCAAAAAUACUAUAAUCAUCAAAAUGGAUUAAUUCACAAAAACAUAUCAAAUGAGUAUAAUAGACAAUUCAUAAAUUCAAAUAAUGAGAACGAGACAUAUUAUAAAAAAGAUAACAAUAAUAUAUUAUUUGAAAUUAUAAUAAAAUCGCAUUUAUUAACAAAUAAUGAUGUUUGCAAAAAAAUUAUAAUAAUAAAAAAAGGUGAUGGAAAUGAUUCAAUCGAAAAUAACAUGUCUGAAGAUGCAAGGAUCAUAUAUGACAAAGAUUUUUCAAAAAAUUGUAUACAAUACUCUAAAAAGAAUGAUGAAUUAUAUUAUGUUAUACCAUUAAUACAUUUUAAUGUCCCAUCAAAAAGUAUGCGUUGCUUAUCAUGUGAUGAUUAUGAAAAACACAUACAUAAUAAAUGCCCAUUCAAUGAAAAUUUUGUGCAUCUAACGUACGACAAUAAAUGCAUUGUUUGCAUGCCAUCUAGUGCUAUUAAUAAUUGUUUAAUUAAUAGUCAAAAGGUAAAUGUAGAUUCAUCUAAAGGCUGUUGCAAUUGCACAAGCCAUUUUCCUCCUAAUAAUAAAUUUCAUAUAUUUAAAUACGUGUUUCCUUCAUACAAAUAUAUGCAUAGAGUCAGAGAUACGCAUAAUGGUAAUAACUGCAAUUGUGAGUCAUUCAUAUAUUUUGGACAUGGUUAUCCGAAUUUUAAGGUGAGGAAUAUGAAUAAACACAGAGAUAAAAGAGUAUAUGAAAUAAUUCACAAACAAAUGGAGAGUAAGUAUAAAUUAUACAACAGACAUAGUAAUGAAUAUCAAGUUGGAGAAGGAACAAUUGAAAACGAUGUUGAUGAAUGCAUGUUCUUCGGAUGUAUACACGACGAAGAUUAUAAUGAGUUCGAUGAUUAUAAUAUAAAAACGAGAGAAACAAUUAAAUUAAGUAGUAGCAUUUUUGAUCCUAUAAACUUGAAAAAAAAUAAUAGUGAUUAUGCAUAUGAUGAUGAAGAAACUAUUGAGAAUGUAAAUAAAGAAGGGUAUAUUAAAAAUGAUAGAAAACAAAUUUUAGACAUAAAAAAUUUGUAUGAAAAUGCCGGCAAUAAUCCAGAAAAUGAAAAAAAUGAAGAAAAUAGGGAUAUUGUUAAAGGUUCAGACGAUUCUGAUAACUAUGAUAAUGAAAUUUCUCAAGAAGCAAACAAUAUAGAAUAUUUUAAAAAAUUGUAUUAUGACAUUUUAAACAAUAAUAAUGAUGAUGAGAGCGAUGAGAGCGAUGAGAGCGACGAUGAUGAUAAUGAUUAUUAUGAUGGAAUCAUCGAUAACUUUUAUAGCCUACGCUUUUUGUAUAAAACCAGAAUAUUUACAAAAAAGAAAACAGUAAUAAAUGCAUAUAUAAAAACAAAUAAGAUAAGUGCUGAUGAUAACAAGAAAAAUAUAUUGUUUUUAUUUAAAAAAUUAUUUAAUAAUGUUUUUAAAGAUGUUCGUUACAAAAUAAAAGACUCAGCAGUAAGUUUAUUUCCAGUUAUUACCGAUUCAAGUAUUAUAGGAUUUGAUGUGGACUUCGGAAGAAUACAAGCACAAUAUGCUGGUUGUAUAAACAUGCUUCGAUAUUCUGUUUUUGACACCCAAAAUAUGGCAAUCUAUUUUAUUACCCCAGAUAAAAAAUAUAUUUUGCUAGAAGACGUUAUAAAAGAAAUAAACGAAGGAAAUGAAAAUUAUCAUUAUAAUGAAGAUAUAGAGGAAAAUUCAAAUAAAAAUAAUGAAACCUUCGACAAUGAAAAUGGUUCUCAUAGUAUUUUUGAAAAUUUAGAAUCAGAAUUGGAUAAUGAAUAUAAUAAAACGGAUCAACCAUCUACCCAGGAUAAGAAACAGGAGAUUGGCGAUAAAGAAAAUGCACAUGAACCGAGUAAAGAUGAUCAUUCUAAAAAUAAUGGAAAAGGCUCGUUAGUUGAAUUAAAUAAAGAUCACGAAGAAAAGCAUGAAUUGUUGGAUACAAUAUUAAAAGAAUUUAACAAUGAACGUGAAAAAACACCAGCACAAAAUGAAUUAUCAAAAGUUUUAUCAAAAUAUGGUGAUUUAUUAUCAAAAGAAGAUUUAAAGGAAAUUAAGAAUAACCAUAAAAACGUUGAUGUUAACAAGGGUAAUGAAGAAAAUGGUAAUACUAUAGAAAUAAUAAUAAAAAAAAGUAGUAAAGAUGAUGAAGUAAAUGGAAAAACUAAUGAUAAAGAUAAUAUAGUAAACGAAUCAAAUGACCAAAGCGAAUUUAUUACCAUUGAUCAGAAUGGAUGUGAAAUAAUUAAUGAGACAUUGAGAAAAUAUAUGGAUAAAUAUUUUAGAGUUCAUAAUAUUCCUAUACAUUAUAUUGAAAAUAAUAACAUUUCCAAAAAGGAAAUUCAUAUUACAUCUGACAUUGACUAUGAUUUAGAUACACUUAAAUCAAGUAUUUUAGCUAUUUCUAAUACUAAUGGGAAAUCAAUAGAUGAUUUUAAGUUAUUCCUUAUACCUAAUGAUAUCGAGAAAUAUGAUCCAAAUAAAUUAGAAGACAUACCAUCAUCUAUAAGAACUGCAAAUGAUUUGUAUAAUUAUAUUAAAACGAUGAAUAUGAAAAUUUUAAUAGCAUCUGUACAUGAUGGUUCUGGUAUAAGUAUAGAGCCACAAAUUUUCAACUAUUUAUAUGAAUCAAAUAAUGAUACACCAUAUAUUGAAUCUGCAUUAGAUGUAAAAGAAGGAAAAGAAGAUACAAAUAUUGAAUUGGAAUUAAACAAAUCUCAAUAUGAUGAUAAAGAAAAUUUGAGAAAUUCUUCGAUUUUAGAAAAACAAGAAUUGAGUAAUGCAUUAUUAGAAAAUGAAAUAUAUGAUACUACUAAAAAAGAAAUAAAACCUGAUAAAAUUAUGAAAAAUGGAAUAGAAGACACCAACUUAAGGGGGAAAAUAAGCGGAUGCUCUGAGGAUUCAAGCAUUUCUUCUAAUAGCACAGAGGCGAAAACAAUUGAAAAUAAUUCAUACCACAAAGAUGAGGAGGAAACAUUUUUUGAAAAUGAUAAUCAGUACACUACUCCAAAUAAUUAUAAUAAGAUUGAUAUAUAUAUAGAUAAUACGGAUAGAAAAAUAAAUGUAUUAAAUGGGCUUAUAUUCAAAAAUUAUACAUUAAAAUCGUUUAUAAUGGAUAUUAUGAACAAGAUAAUACAUGUUCCUUCAAAUUUUAUAGACUUAAAGUCGUAUAAAAAAGGGAUAUCUCCAUUUGAUAUAUUUGAUUGCUUAGAAUAUUAUUCUUAUAAUAUAAAAUCGAAUAUUAUUAGUGCUUUAUUUUUUGAAAAAAAUAUAAAAUUAUUGGACAUAUUAAAAAAUCUUAAUAGCAAAAACGAAUAUUUAUUGAUAAAAAAUAAACAUAGUGAAUAUUGUAGUGGUGUAGAUAAUUUGAAAUAUAUAAAAAUUCCAUUGACAAUCAAUUUAAAAAAAUCAAAAGAUAUAUAUUUAGAAUUUCCAAUAUUCCACAUAGAUGAACAUUAUAAUUUUGUUUAUAGCAAAAUAAGUUUUAUGAAUGUACCAGAAAAUUAUACAGCAUCCAAAUUAUGCACUGCAGUAAAAAACAUGUUGAAUGAGGCAUUAGAAAUAUAUGAGUUAGAUAUUAUAAAAAGUUUGAAAAUAUAUAAUAUAAUUGAAAAUGAAUGGGAAUACAUUGAAGAUAAUGCUUUGGUUCACGAAAUAAAAAUGGAUAACAACUAUUUAUAUACACUAUUUAUUCAUGACACGUUUUUAACAAAAAGAUAUUAUCAAGCUAUGUCUAAUUUAAUUAUUGAUUUAUCAAAUAGUAAUAUUUAUAUUAAAAAGUUAGACAUAUAUAUUGAUUAUAAUUACGAGCCUUACACACUUUAUAAUAUACCCAUACAUAUGUCUUUUAUGAAUUUAAAAUAUUUACUUUUAUACCAUACAAAUGCAUUUUUAUCAGACUCUUUUUUGAAUGAGUUCUUUUUUACGUAUAAUGAAAAAUAUCUUCAAAAUUCAUCUGCUAAUGAUAUUAAUAAUGAUAGUAUAUAUAACCCAAAUAGUGGUGUAGAUGAUUAUAUUUAUGAAGAAGACGAACCCGAAGAAAGUAUAAGUAUCUUUAGUUUUAUAAGUAGUUGUACCAGAAAUAAUAAUAAAACAUAUAACCUAUUUUUACUUAAUAUGGUGAAUACAUUUUAUAAAAUAAAAUUGAAUUCGAAUAAAAUGAUGCAACCAAUAUUGGAGGAUUUACUCAAAAUAUCUGGGAAAUGUUCAAAUGACAAUAUUAUAGUUGAAAUAAAUAAAUCAUCUACAAAGGUAAAAAAUAUCGAAGUAUAUUUAGGAAAUAAUUCCAAAAAAAUAAAAAUAAAAAAUGUACCAUUAAGUUUAUUAGUAUGGAAAUUUGUAAAUAUAUUAUUAAAAGGAUCUUUUAAUAUAUCAAUAGAAGACCCAGAAAGAUUAUAUAAUUUAUUUGUAAUAGUCCCAAAAGAUAAAGAUGCAACGAUUAAUCGUGAUUAUUAUAUUUCUACAAAACCAGGGUAUACUAUUGAAAAGAUAUUAAAGGUAAUUGGAACAAAUAACCUAUGUUUAAUUAAAGCUUAUCCAGAAAAAUUGACACAUAUUAAAAAUAGUACAUAUUAUUAUGAAUAUGCUAUGUUUAGUUUUGAUUUAUUACCCAAAGUUAUUGAUUUUUCAAAUCCAGUUGGAUUAUUAAGCUUUUAUGUUAAUUAUAAAAAUGAAAAUAAAUUAAUUAAUAUAACCAAUGCACCUGAAAAUAUAACUCCAGAUAAGCUGUUAAAAACGAUUCUUUUAGACAUGUACUCUAAAUGGCAAAAUUUUCCUAAAGAUGAAAAAAUCAAAUUUUCAUUAUUUUUAAAUAAUGAAGAAAUACAAAAUAUAAAAGAUUAUAUUAGUUCAGGAAAAGAAGCACAACUACGUACAUUUGUUUCUUUAGAUAAAAAACAUAGUUAUAGUAAUAAUAAAAAGAAAUUCGUAGAAAUAGACAAAAUACCUGAAACAAAUUCUAUAAAAAUUCAAGAGGCUGAAUUAAAAGCAAUGCAACUAUAUGAUAAUGUAUUAAGAGAAAUUUUAUCUAAAGGAAAUAUAAAUUAUAAUAACAUAAGUGCUACUGGAUAUACAAUAUCAAUUAACGUAUUUGAUGGUAAUGCAUAUAGUCCUGUUACUAUUUUUAAUAUACCCUUAAGUGCAACUAAUAAAGACAUAAUUGCUUUCUUGUUAAUUAAAUCAAAUCAUAUUAAUACAAAACAUGUUGUAGAUGAAUUUCUCUUAUUAAACAAAGAGUCGUUUAACUUGUUAAAAACAAAAACUAUAAUAGAUCAAAAUGUUGUAUUUAUUGGUGAAUUAACAGGACUAAUUGACUUAGAUAGAACAAAUUUGUAUUUAGUUCAUAAACCUCAAUUUAAUUCUUUAGAUAGCAUAUUUAAAAAUGUGGCGAAUAAAAAUUAUGAUUUUAAAUCAGAAAAAAUAACUGCUUUAAGUAUUAGUGAAGCAAAAGGAAGUAUUAUAUUUAAUAUUAUACUAAAUCAAAAUAAAAAAAAAGUUUUUAAUGUUACAAAUAUACCCUAUAAUAUGUAUAUAAUCGAUCUUUUACGCUAUAUAGUUGGAUAUCAAAGAAAAUGGAUAUACAAAUAUGUCGAUUUUUAUAUAAUUAAAGGUAGUGAAAAACAUGUUUUAAAUGACCAUUCAGGUAUUAUAACAUAUGGUAGAACAGUUAGCGAAAUUUUUACGUUAUGCAAAAAAAAUGAUCCAUGUACUUUUCACAUAGAACUUGCUUCUAACAAAAUUGAGGAUGGUAUAAAUAAUACAAUAGGGGAUAAUAUUGAUGCUCUUGUUAACAGAGAUAACAAUGAUAAUCAAAAAAAUAAUAAUGAUACAAUCUUAAAUGAAUUGAAAAACAAAAUAAACUCCGAAGAGGAAGACAAUGUGGAUAUAGAUUUGUCAGUAUUACGUUUUGAAUUUAAUGCAGGAUUAUAUGAUAAGAAUAUAUUUGGUACAUCAACAAUUUGUAAUAUACCUAAAAGUUACACAGUAGAAGAUGUUUUAACACACAUUAAAAAUAUGUUAAAGGAUGAUUGCAAAAUACGAAAUGCUGAAAAUUUAGAACUAGAAAUAAAAAUUAUAUAUAAUGAUACAUAUUUAACUAUACCCAAAGAAUUAAAUAUAGAGUAUGUUAUAAAUUAUUAUUUUAUUAACACACCAUCUAUUGUAUUUGUUACAAAUAAUGAUAAUGAUGAUGAACCUUUUAAUAUUAUUCACUUGAUUUUAAAUAAUACAAAAAUAGACAUGAAAAAUAAUGUAUUUGUUAAAAAGGAAAUACCAUUAUAUGUAAAGAAAAAUAAUAACUUAGAAAAUAUAAAAUUAAAAAAUAUUCCAUUAUCAAUUACAGAAGAUAAUUUAAUUACUUACAUAAUAAAUUAUUUAACAAAAAAUUCAGAAGUUAUAAAUUUUAUGAGAGAUAAUACAUCUAUUUGUAUAUAUCCUGAAUGUGAUCCUGUAUAUAUACAUUAUGAAAAUAGUCAGCUAUCAUUUAUUGCUUCAUUGUCUUAUCAUAUAGCCUUAAGAAAUAUUAAUUAUAUAACAACAAUAGAAUCUUUUGAAAACUUUUAUGGUAAUAUGAGCCAUUUUGAAUUUGAUUUUUAUAAAUAUUCGAAUUUUAAUGAAUCUAAUAUAAGUAAUUAUAAUAAAACUGACAUCAAAGAAUUAAUAAAUUUUGAUAUUAAUAUUCAUUUCCCAGCUACUAUUAGAACAAUUCGAAUAAAAAAUUUUAAUAUUAAUAUGCAAAUGGAAGAUUUAUUUGCUAAAAUUUUUCAAUCUAUAACAACAAAUAGUUACAAGUGGAAAGAUUUGUUUACAUUUAUUGGGAAUAGAUCUAAAAUAGAUAUAAUUGAAGAAGAAAGUGAUAAAACUGAACAACUAAUCGCCACUUUUAAAGAUCAUUUAAAUGAAGGGCAUAAUUUAACAUUUAUUUAUAAACCUGAUAAUAAUGAUAUUAAUAAUUAUAUUAUUCCUAGAAUAAGCUAUAUGCCAGCAUUGAUAAAUUUCCAAACAAAGUAUAUAUCAAUAAGUACAGAAAUUAGUGAGUUUGAAAAUAAUGUAACUACAAUGUAUGGUUUUCCGGAUUAUUUAAGUCCGAGUUUUAUGCUGACAUUAUUGCAAUAUAACCUUUUUAAAAUACUAGGGAAAAAUUAUUUGUCAAUUUAUGGAUGCUCCUAUGAUAGUAGUUUGUGUUUAAGCGAAAGCAAUCUGUUACUAAAGAAUAAGAGAUUUUAUGACGAGAAUACAAAAAAUGAUAGCUCUAAACAGGCUAUGAAAUUUGUAUUAAAAUUGAAAAAGAAAGAUAGUAAAAAAGUAAAUACAAUAAACGAUUUAGUUUCUCUUGAACUAAAUAUAUCGUGCCAAGAAUUAAAAAAUGAUGAAGAUAUGGAAGAAUGUAAUGAUAUUAUAUCUUCUUUAAAUGCAUCUUCUAUAUUUUGGAGAAAUAGUAUAUUAGGAUUUAUAGCAAAUUCAAUAAUCAUAAAAGAUUACUAUAAUAAUGCAUUAACAUUACCAUAUAUAGAUUAUAGAAUAAAUGAGAAAAUAUUAAUUCAAAAUAUAUUAGAACAUAUAAAUAUAUCACCAUAUUUAUAUAAAUUAUUCGAAUUAUCUCAUAUUGAUAAAAAGUGUGUUAGUUAUAAAAAAGAGCUUACAAAUACAAUAUCCCAUAUUCAAUGUUUAUUAUCUUUCGGACUUAACAUAUAUUUUGAUAUUCAUAGUACUAACGAAUUAAAUAUAUAUAAUGGGUUUGAUACAAAAGAUAAUAAAUCAUUUAACAUAACACAUAUUUAUUCUUUCCCUGAUUUAUAUGAACACAAUUUUGCAGAAUUUUAUAUUUAUAAUGAUGAUAAGACAAGAUUAUUAGUAAAAAAUGCAUAUAAGAAUAUGAAAGUUUCUAGUUUGUUAAGUGAAUUAUCUAAAGCUCGAUGUCGUAUUCAAGAAUUAAAAUAUGAUCAGAUAUCUUCUUUUUAUAAACUUGUAUAUGUAUUGGAUGGUAAUAAAUUUGUAGAUAUCCAUCCAGAUGAAAAUGUAGAAUUUAUACAUAAAUUAGUUUUAAAAUAUUCACAAGAAAAAUUUAUGUUAAAAAUUAUAAAAAAAAAUCAUAUUUAUAAUAUAGAUAUACCCAAAAAUAUGAACUUAAGUUGCUACCCCCCAUUAAUUGACCUAAAUAAAAAUUAUUACCAAGUUCCAAUAAGUUUACAAAUAAAUGCUGAAACUUUUAAUAAGUUAAGUGAUGAAUCAUUUCCAAGAAUAAUAGUUAAUAAUGUGCCAGCAAAUGCUUUUAUAAUAUCUAUAAAAGAAUACUUAGUUGCUUUGUUUAAAUCAUAUAUCAAAAGUAUAGCUGAGAAUAGUAUCAAUGCAAAUUUUUAUGAAUUUGAUAUUGAUAUGCUAAUUGUUAUAUAUGAUUCAACCCUAAAUAAAAUACAUAAAAUAAGUUCAAAUGCUUUACAAAGCUUAACAGUAUCUAAGUUUUUUAAAACUUAUUAUAAUGCAUCAUUAGUGUUUCAAAUGGAAGAAAUUGAAAAAUUCCCAGAAUAUAUAUAUGAUAAUUUUAUUAAUAACUUUUCGAAGGCUGUUAUUGAUUUUUCUAUUUCCAUAUUCUAA